AUGACAACACGUCCCCAGCUCUCCAUGGCAUCGCCCUCGUCCCCAGCAGCCGCGCUCAAGCCGGUGCUGAUCCACCUCCUGCGCGGCGCUUCCGACCUCGCGUCCGUCGCCGCCACGCACGCCAAGCUCGUCAAGGCCGGCUUCGCGUCCCCCCUCGCCUCCUCCAACCAUCUCCUCGCUGCCUACUGCCGCUGCGGCGCGAUGUGCUGCGCCCGAGACCUGUUCGACGGAAUGCGGGACCGUGACGUCGUCUCCUGGACGACGCUCAUGUCCGGGUACGCCGCCGCCGCCCGGCCCCGUGACGCCAUGUCCCUCCUCCGCGCCAUGGGGUCCAGCGGCGUGCGGCCUAACGCGGUCACCUUCUCGACGGCCGCCUGCGCGUGCGCGCGCCUCGCGGACGCGGGGCUCGGCAGGCAGGUGCACGCCCAGGCGGAGGUCGCCGGGUGCGCGCGCGACGCCGUCGUUGCCACCUCGCUCCUCGACAUGUACGCCAAGGCCGGCGGCGUCGAGGACGCGCGCGCGGUGUUCGAUGCCAUGGCCGCGCCGGCGAGGAAUGCCGUGUCGUGGGGCGCCAUGCUGGCCGCGUACGCGCAGAACACGCUCGGGGACGAGGCAAUCAGGCUCUUCGCGGAGCUCAGGACGCAUGGCGGCGGCGUGGCGCCCAACCACUUCAUGCUGGCGACCGUCGUGAGCGCCUGCGCAGGCAUGGCGCGUCUGGGCAUCGGCAGGUGCGUCCAUGGCGCUGUCCUUCGACUUGGGUACGGAAAUAAUGACGUGAUUUCAGUGGCUCUGGUUGACAUGUACUCCAAGUGCGGGUGCUACGAGUAUUCAAGGAAGGUGUUUGACAGGAUCGAGCAGCCGUCCGUCGUCACUUACACCUCCAUCAUCGUCGCUGCAGCAAAGUACGGCCGCUGGAGAUGCGUGCUUACUUUGUUCAACGAGAUGGUAGAUCAAGGUGUGCGGCCAAAUGAUGUCACUCUGCUUGGUGUCAUGCAUGCUUGCAGCCAUUCUGGUCUUGUUGACACCGGCCUUCAGCUCCUGCGCUCCAUGCAGAGCAAAUACGGCGUUGCUCCAUGCCCCAGCCACUACACAUCUGCGGUUGACAUGCUCGGCCGGGCAGGGCGGCUCGAGGAGGCAUUUGAGCUGGCCAAGGAGGCUCAGGUUGAAGGCAACGACGCCCUCUUGCUGUGGAAUUCCUUGCUGUCAGCUUGCCGGACACAUAAGCGCCUAGACCUAGCAACCAUGGCUGGCCAGAGGGUGUUCAAUAACCAGCAGGAUGUAGCAGGUGGCCUGGUAAUGAUGUCAAAUGCAUAUGUUUCGGCCGGUCAGAUCGAUAACGCUGCUGCUGUGAGAUCGAGCAUGAGGCUGCGUGGCAUACGGAAGGAUCCCGGGUGCAGCUGGAUUGAAGUAAAGGAUACCCCCUAUGUGUUCUACGCUGGUGCGAUAUCAUGCGCUGGUGCGUGGGCAGAUGAAGUUCUGAUGUUGCUAGAUGAAUUGGAGAGUAAGAUGAGGGAGAGAGGUUACAGAGGGAGAUUAGGGAGUGCUAGAGUAUCUGAUGCGCAUGAAGAUGAGGAGGAGGAAGGGAAAGGUGUGAUGGUUGGAGUGCACAGUGAGAUUCUGGCUCUAGCGUUCGGUUUGUUAGUUGUCCCAAAGGGGAUGACCAUCAGGGUGAUGAAGAACCUGAGGAUGUGCAGUGAUUGCCAUGAGGUGUUCAAGCUCAUCAGCGGCAUUAUUGAGAGGGAGUUCGUGGUCAGGGAUCUGAAUAGGUUCCACCAUUUCAAGAUGGGAUCAUGUUCUUGCAAUGACUACUGGUGA